AUUCACCCACUAUCAUAUUGACCACUGGUGGUAACCACUGCAGCUAUACAGCUCAUAUUACUAAAUUAGAGGAAUUUUUAAGAAGAAAUUUACUGUCAAUAGAAAGAAGAACACGGUUUCCUCUAGAAAGUGUGAUCGCUCAAAGUAUCAGAUUCACGAAAGUAAAUAAAAGGAAAUUAUUAAGACAUUAUGAAUCCUGGCGAUGCUUAUGAUGAGAGAUACACCUACGGAGCGUAUAGUGGAUAUCCAGCAACUGGGCCUGCUGUCCCACGGCCUGCUGUCCCACAGCCUCCAUAUGCUGCAGGUAUGACUCAAUUACCAACGGAAGGAAUGAACGGAAUGCCAGCAAUGCCUGCUGAUGGCGCUGCUAUAGGAAUUCCACCAAUGCCUACUGAUGGCGCUGCUAUAGGAAUGGGAGGAAUGCCUGCAGCUGGCGGUGCAGCUCAAACUGUACCCACAAUGGGAAGUUCUCACCGCUCUCGACGACAAUAUCCUGCAGAAAUUUUUGAACUUACGAAUUCUCAAACUGUCCCCAUGACCCCUCCACCCGUCUCUGAGCCCUCAUAUUUGAUGGCUCGUACUCCUACAUUAUCUCCUUAUCCUGAAGCAGCACCAAAUGCAUUGGCUACUCAGAUGGGUAAUGUUAACUUGGGUCCCGAUCCAAAUGCUGCCAUGAUGCCCACCACCGAACUUGUGUCUAUUGAUUUAUAUAAUCAAACACCGGAAAUUUCAGACCUAUACGCUCCACCACUUCCCAUUAACUUGCCGUUGACUUAUUCUGCUACGCAGGCUGAAACUUCCAACUGCCCUCCUAAAUACAUGCGUACAACUUUAAAGGCUAUUCCCAACACGAAUAGUCUUCUCAAGAAAUCCAAGCUUCCGUUUGCCAUUGUGUUACGUCCUUAUACCUCAUUGCUUGAAGAAGACGAUCCUGUUCCUGUAGUCAGUGAUACUAUUAUUUCUAGGUGUCGUAGAUGCCGCAUGUAUAUCAACCCUUUUAGUAUUUUUGUCGACAAUGGACAUCGCUAUAGAUGUAACUCGUGUGGUAUUGUGAAUGAGGUACCCCAGUCUUAUGAUUGGGAUAGCUUUAGAAAUGUCCAAAGAGACAGAUGGCAGCGUCCUGAACUAAACUAUGCCGUUGUUGACUUCUUAGCCCCACAAGAGUAUAUGGUCCGCCCUCCUCAACCUCUCAUAUAUGUCUUUUUAAUUGAUGUUUCUUUCAUCUCUAUAUCUUCUGGUAUGGUAGCUACAGCCACUCGUACAAUCCUUGAAUCUUUGGAUCGAAUCCCCAAUAAGGAAGGUCGUACACAGGUUGCAUUUAUCGGUGUUGAUAGUUCUCUUCAUUUCUUUUCUAUUGCUCCUGGGGCUGAAGAAGCAUCCCAGAUGGUUGUUUCCGAUCUCGAUGAUCCUCCCUUCUUGCCUCGUAAUCAAGAUUUGCUUCUCAACUUACGUGAGUGUCGACAAGGAAUUGAAAAUUUGCUUACCAAAUUCAAUUCCAUGUUUGCUUCCACUCGUGAUUCUAGUAAUGCUCUUGGUCCUGCCCUUAAAGCUGCGCAACAUCUUAUCGAGAAUAUUGGUGGUAAAAUUUGUUGCUUUGUUUCGAGCCUUCCAAACGUUGGUUCUGGUAAACUUAGUUUACGUGAGGAUCCAAAAUUAUUGGGAACCAAUCGCGAGUCCAAUUUACUACAUCACCAAGACGCAUUCUAUAAAUCUUUUGCUGUCGAAUGUUCUACGAAUCAGGUCUCUGUUGAUAUGUUCCUCUUUUCUUCACAAUACCAGGAUGUUGCUACUCUUAGCUGUUUGCCUCGUUACACGGCUGGUAAGACUCAAUUCUAUUACCGUUGGAAUGCCUCUCGCAGUGAAGAUGCUUUAAAAUUUGCAUCCGAGUUGAGUGAUUAUCUCAGCUCAGAAGUAGCCUUGGAAGCUGUUAUGCGUGUCCGUGGUUCUAGUGGCAUUCGAAUGUCUUCUUUCUAUGGUAAUUUCUUUAAUCGUUCUAGCGACCUCUGCGCAUUUCCCAGUUUCCCUCGUGAUCAAUGUUAUGUGAUUGAAGCUGUCAUAGAAGAUACAAUUACAAAGCCUUUUGCUUCUUUUCAAGCUGCAAUCUUGCAUACUACUUCAAGCGGCGAGAGAAGAAUUCGUGUUGUCACCUUGUCGUUACCAGUAACCAACAGUUUGACUGAAUUGUAUGCGUCCGCUGAUCAAUUAGCAAUGAUGCAUGUCCUUACAAUGAGAGCAACCGAAAAAGCACUUUCUUCUAACUUAAGUGAUGCUCGUGACGGAAUUACUAACAAAUUAAUUGAAAUACUUGAGGUGUAUAAAAAGAAUUUGGCCGGUCAAAACACUGGUGCAGCUCUUCCUCUGCAAAUCUGUACGAACUUAAAAUUGUUACCAUUACUUUGCUUGAGUUUAAUGAAACAUACUGGUUUCCGAAAAUCUAGUCAUAUACCUUCUGAUUUGCGAUCGAUUGCUUUAUGCAACCUGAGCACUUUGCCUACAUCUUUACUAACACGCUAUGUGUAUCCCACGCUGUAUAGUCUUCAUGACAUGCCGCUAGAAGCAGGAACUGUAGCUGAGGAUGGCGUCAUUCUACCUCCUGCUUUAAAUCUUACUUCGGCCAUCAUGCAAACCUUUGGACUUUAUUUGUUGGAUACUCACUUCCAGCAAUUCUUGUACAUUGGUAAAGAUGCUGUACCCCAGUUAGCUAUGGACGCUUUUGGCGUAUCUUCUAUUGCAGAACUGAAGGCUGGAAGAUUUACCUUACCAAUUUUGGACAAUCCUCUUAACACUAGGAUGCAUGCUAUUCUUGGUAAACUACGCUCUUUAGACAAGGGUACGAUUGUUCAACCUAGUUUAUAUCUUGUGCGCGGCGAUGGUGAUCCUCAACUCCGUUCAUGGUUCUUCUCUCAUUUCGUGGAAGAUAGAAGCGACACUGCUCCUAGCUACUUACAAUUUUUACAACUUUUAAAAGAAAAGGUUCGUGAUUAAAUGUAACCUUUGAUAUUUUAAUCUAGUUUACGUACCUAAUCUUCUGGUCACAAACUUUUUUGACAUGAAGGAUAUUUGGUUAAAGCGUCCUUAAAUUCUUUCAUUGUUUUUUUUAUUAGUGUAAUUAUACAUUACAACUUAGAAUCCACUCAUGGUCGAAGCUGGUUCUGUUUAUGAGAGAUUACUUUGGGGGUUUACUAAGCGAGUUUCUGGCAGGAAAAGGUAAAUUUUUUAGUGAUCAACCCUUUUGACAUACUUUUUUAAUUUUGUUUGUUGAAUUGCUAAACAACCCAUAUAUUUGCAUCGGUUGGUGAGUACCAUGCAAAAGCGACGGUCUAUCUUUUAAUGAAUGUUUAUUAAAUUGAUUCAUCAAGCUAUAAUAGUAGACUAGUAAUGAUUCAUUUCUUUCACUUUUUUUUCUUUUUUUUGCGUUGAGGGAGGAUAUAUGCAAAAUGCUUCAACCGAG